UUUGGGGGAGGAGCUCUGGCGGCGGUGAUCGUUCACAGCACACGGAGCUGGUCUUCAGUCCGGUCGGUGAUUUCUGUGUGUUGGAGAUGUUGGAUCACCAGUGUGUGUCCCCGGUCAUAGAGGUCUUUAUCCCGUCUCUCAUGAGGGAAGUGGACGAGACGGGAAAGUUGCGCAAACUCUUCAGGUUGGAAAUUCUGUUCAAUGGAAGGAAACACUUUGUUCUGCGGCGACAAAGUGAAUUUCAGACGCUUCACCGGAAGCUGAAGAAGAUCCUGCAAGUUCCUGAUUUUCCCAGUAAGAGAAACCAGCACCUGAGAACCAAACCACUGGAGCAGAGACAACAGGAACUAGAGGACUACAUCCAGGAGAUUCUGUAUCGAAAUGACGUUGUCCCUCAAGAGCUCCUGGAUUUCCUGCAGGUCAAACAUUUUCAUUCUGCGAGCAAGAACUGCAGCUCUGAUGAAAACCAGUCAGAUGACUGUCCAGAGCAGGGAUACAGCUUUAAGUUAUUCAAUCAGCGAGUGGUUGGUUUCUCGGCUGACCCUUACCAGCUUGAAUCCAGAUCAGGUCUCCCUGAUAUCGUGGUGGCCGGCGUCCUGCAGGGUUUGUACCCCAGAGAUGUCAAAGUGAGUUUCAAAAAGAGCUGCGGUAAACCCAGCGGCCUCACCUGUGCACCAGAGCUGCCCGCGCAUCCCAAAAUCCCCAUCAUUAUCAUAAACAGAAGCAGCAUCGGCUCACUGCCAGAGUCACGGAGAACAUGAGCGCAGUCGCUGCAGUGUUGCCUAGCAACUCCAUCUGCUUUAAAUGUGCCUUCACGUGUUUAUAUCGACUAAAUCUUUCAUCUUUAGGUUUGUCAUAUUUCUCAUGUGAACCUCACAAAAACUCUGUAGGUCAUCGUCAUCUCAAGCGUUUAUUUAAAAGAGCACUAUUUUUAGGAGCCCUGCCAACUGUACUACGCACAAAAACUAGAUUUAAACGUAAAAAGCACAUCUGCAAUUAUCUGACAUCGCAGUAUGUUGUGCUCACUUGAUUUAUGGUCAUUUUAUAUAUUGCCAUAUUAAAAUCAAGUUUUUGUGCUCGUCAUAAACAUCUUUAAAAUAAGACAUCUGAAUGUUUUUUUUUUUUUUUUUAAGAUUAUUUGGUAUUCAUUUCAUAGACAUGACAUUGUUUUUUUUUCUAGGAGCCAUGCCAAACAUAAAAAGGCAGAAAAAUAAGUAUUUAAUAUUUAAAAUUAAAUCUAAUUCAAUCAAAUUAAUAAAAGCCAAAUGCAGUUAUACAUAACUGCAAUAUGUUCUUAAGUAAUUUUAGUUUUAGUUGCCUUAGUAAAUUCUAGUUGUGCCUAAUUUGUCAAAUCUUAAUAGUCCUAAAAAUAUUCUUUUAUCAUUUUUGUGCAACCUUAAUUUCUAAUGUUUUGAAUGCAUGCAUAUAUAUAUAUAUUUCUUUUUAGUAAGACAUUUUUUCACUUUGCAAACCCAGGUUGUGACCGAUUUUGAUUUACUGUCCCAAAAAAAACCAUUCCUGUACCGUGAAUCGACUUAAGCAUUUGUUUCUAUUGAAUAAAGAGUGUCUGAAUUGUU